AAGAAAUCCGACAGCAGUUACAGGGCCUAGGGGACAAGCCUGGACCAGUUAUUCCGUCUACUGGGCAGACAUACCUCGCAAUACUUAAACAACUGGAAACUAAUCUACAAGGGGGACAGCUUGGAAUUUUGAAGAAAUUGCCAGAUUACCCGUGCUGUGUAACAGUUUUGAGGGACAGUUUGACGUGGUGGGUCUGCGUGAGAUGGAGGAUGAGCUGAUUAAGGUGUUUACUGACAAGAGUCUCUCUUGGACCUGGGGGGAGGGGGCCCUCAAGUCCUCCUUUAAGUAUCUCUUACUGAAUCCUCGGUUCACACAGGACCUACCCAACAGGGCAGAUAGCCUCGGAAAGCGGUCCCGACCGUACUGUCAUCUCUUUGAGGCCCAGUCCCACAUGAACAAUAAUCUGAGUAAAGCUGACAAGAAAGUCCAACAUAUCUUGGACAUCUGGAAUGAUGGUCAAGAAGUUGUCUCCCUGCAUUGUGUUCAGAGCGUCAUCCCUGUGGAAGCGUACACCAGAGAAGCCUGUGUGGUGGAUGCUAUAGGUGCAACUUCAUGGAUGGUGUGUAGGCUGUUUGUCAACAUGUGAAAUCCAUGUGUAUUUCAGGAGACAACCCUGUCAGUCCUACAUUGAAGCUUCAGGUCCAAGGCAAAACUUCUUCAUAUGGACUCCCAGGGCUGGGUGGUCCAUGUACUCUGCUGGCACUUGUUGUGUGGAAUACUGCCUUUUUAGCAUCACAGCCAAAAGCCAAAUAAAGUGACUGCUGGAUAAAAGUGACCACUGUGACAAGUUUAACUGUAUGACUAAGACAUUUUCUGCAAAUUUCAAUUAACAUGACAUUUAAUUCCAUGAAAAUUAGUUGUCUUAAAGAUGCUUCACAGAGAUGGGGCCAAUUGAAGUGAACUUUAUACAAUUAUUGACUUUUGAUGAGGUCUACUUGUGACUAUAUGGACCUGGUCAGGUAUUGGUUGACUGAGGCGGAAAGCCGAGGUUAACCAAAACUGUAAACCACUUUUUAUUUGUGAGAAUUUUAUUUUCACGUAAUUAUGCGACAAAAUUAUCUCACAAAAAUUUCAUUCUCGCGUAAUAUAGUACACCUUAAGAUUUUAUUGAGAAGUACAACAAUUCGUGAAAAUUAUGUCUCGCUAAUAAAGAAUAAAUGAUGAUCUUGUGAAAAAUAAGCUGUAGCGAAAAUUAAGUGAUCUACAGUACCUGACCAGGUCCAUAUAUUCACGACAAAGUCAAUAACUUUUUUAUUAAAUGACCAGGAAUUUUACAACACUUUUGACAUUUUCGUUCUUAUCUCCAUCAGAUAUAAACAUAAUAAAAUGCAAAGUGUAACAACACUUUUCACAUGUUGUUAUACUUCAAAAGUUGAACAAUUAGUAGUUAACAAUGGAAAACAAUAUUAUUAAACAAUCAAUACUCAACCAUUUACUUUCAAAAGCAUUUAAUCUCCUUGGUACUGGCGUCUGACAUGUUUACAUUCACACUGACACAUGCUUUGAAACAUACAAUCUGAUUGGUCGAAAAAACUGUAAGCAAAUCUAUGGUUGGUCAAGAGGGAAAACCCAAAUAAACCCCUCAGAAUGUCAUAUAAGGUGAACUCGCUUUAGACCAAUUAGAGAGCACCAAAAUUCCUGAUAAUUUGAUAAAGUCAAUUAUAGCUCUUUUGAUAGUUAAAGACAAUUUAUUUGUAUUUAUUUCUUUUUUGGCAUCUUAUUUUUAGACUAUUAAAU